GGAAGUGGUAUUGUGGAUGAAUACUGUCGGUCCAUAUCAUAAUCGACAAGAAACAUAUACUUACUUUAGUUUGCCAUUUUGUGCGGGCCCUAAAGAUUCAAUUAGUCAUUAUCAUGAAACACUUGGUGAAGCUCUACAGGGUGUUGAGCUUAUUCACAGUGGACUGGAAAUGCRUUUUAAAGAGGACAUAUUUAAAGUUCCAUUCUGUCAAGUAAACUUGGAUGACGAUAAAUUAAAAGCAUUUAUAUAUGCCGUAAGAAAUCAUUAUUGGUAUCAAAUGUAUAUUGACGAUCUUCCAAUUUGGGGCAUUGUCGGAGAAGUAGAUGAAACUAAUAACAAAUAUUAUAUUUGGACACACAAAAAAUUUGAUAUUGGUUUUAAUGAUCAACAUAUUGUUGAUGUAAAUUUGACAUCAGAGACUAAGGUCGAACUUAAAGCAAAUACUAAUAUUGAAUUUACAUAUGAAAUGAAUUGGAAAUCGUCUCCUAUCUUGUAUAAAGAUCGUUUCAAUAAAUAUUUGGAUCCUAAAUUCUUCCAACACAGAAUUCAUUGGUUUAGUAUUUUUAACAGUUUUAUGAUGGUUAUAUUUUUGGUUGGAUUAGUAUCAAUGAUUUUAUUGCGAACUGUGCGUAAAGAUUAUGCUCGUUACAGUCAAGACGAAGAAGUUGAUGCUAUGGACAAAGAUUUGGGUGACGAAUAUGGAUGGAAGCAAGUUCAUGGUGAUGUUUUUCGUCCAGCAUCUUAUCCUAUGCUUUUCUCUGCCAUUAUUGGAUGUGGUCACCACAUCACUCUAGUCACUCUCGUAGUUAUAACAUUUACAAUAAUUGGAGAUUUAUAUACAGAACGAGGAUCAUUAUUGGGGACAUCAAUAUUUGURUAUGCUGUAACCUCCCCUGUUAAUGGUUAUUUUGGAGGAGCCUUAUAUGCUAAGAUGGGUGGACGUAUUUGGAUCAGACAGAUGUUGUUAUCUGCAUUUUUACUACCUUCACUUGUUUGUGGCAUGGCAUUUCUUAUUAAUUUUAUUGCAAUCUAUUAUCAUGCAUCUCGUGCUAUUCCAUUUGGUUCAAUGGUUGCAGUAGCUUGUAUAUGCGUUUUUGUGAUUUUACCUCUUACAUUGGUUGGAACUUUGCUGGGUCGAAAUUUAUCUGGGCAACCAGACUAUCCAUGUAGAGUCAAUGCUGUACCAAGACCUAUACCAGAGAAAAAAUGGUUCAUGGAACCUUUAAUAAUCACAAUGCUUGGUGGAAUACUGCCUUUUGGAUCAAUUUUUAUUGAAAUGUAUUUUAUUUUUACUUCAUUUUGGGCAUACAAAAUAUACUAUGUUUAUGGAUUUAUGCUGUUAGUCGUUUUGAUACUUAUGGURGUAACUGUUUGUGUCACAAUUGUAUGUACUUAUUUUCUACUUAAUGCUGAAGAUUAUAGAUGGCAAUGGACAAGUUUUGCAGCAGCAGCGUCAACUGCAUUUUACGUGUAUCURUAUUCAUUUUAUUACUUCAUGUUUAAAACAAAGUAAGUUAUUGUGUAUUUA